AGUGCCUAAAAAGAUAUGGAGUGAUUAUUUUUACAAAAAAAGAUGCACUUCAAAAAAGGUCAUUUACAGAAUAUUAUAAAGAUGCAAAUCCAGAAUUUAAAGAAUUCCUGGAAGAUUACUGUGAUAAUCGACAUUCUCUUAUCAACAACGAAAACCCUCAGCCUGAUGAUGUUCAUGGUAUUUUAAGACUCUUGCUGGAAACAAAAAGAAACAAUAACGGCGACCACUACAGAAAUACAAUGUUCGAGGAAGCUAAGAAGUUAUACCAAGACAAGCUCCAGAAGAUAGAAGAAGAGAAAACUAAAGUAGAGCGGGAACUUAAACAAAACCUUGAGCUGCAAGAAAGAGAUUUUAAACAACAACUCAAGCUGAAAGAAAGAGAACUCAAACAACAAGAAGAACAAGAAAAAGAACUCAAACAACAACUCCAGCUGAAAGAAGAAAAUGAGGAGACAUUUAAGGAGCGAGAGAAGGAAUUUAAGGCGCGGGAGAAGAAAUUUGACCAAAGAGAAACUGAGCUGGAGAAGAAAUUUGACCAAAGUGAAAAGGAGCGUAAAGCAUUGCGGGAAGAACUCAAGAAGUGGAAGCCAUCGGAUCAAGAUAAAGAUGUCAACUCUGUGACAGAUCAACAACCACAAAUCGCCAAAGUGACUCAUGCUGAUCCACCAGGACAAGAGAUAGAUUUGAAGACUGCGACAGAUUCACAACAACAAAUCUUUGAAGUGGAAAAAUUAAAACAGACGGUAGAUAUUCGAAACAUAGAUUUCGUAAAGCUAUGUAAUCUUCUUUUACAAGAUGGCUGUUUGAAUGAAAAAGACAAAGAGGAUAUAGUUUCAUCAGAAGCCUCAAUCAAUACAAUGGAUACACUAAUGGAUAUAUUACAUAAAACAAACAACAAGAAGGCCUACAUCAUUGUUAUUAACCAUUUAAAGAGUGGAACUACCAUGGAAACCACGAACACAACACAAGAUGACCCUAGACAUGAUACAAUGGUACAGACAGAUCAAACUGACAGAAUUACAGACACAGACACUGAAAAUAAAGCGAAUACCAAUAUUGAAGAAGCGGCUAAACCUGAUAUAUCUGUUUCAGAUAACCAUAUAAUCAUGGCGUACUCACAGGAAGCGACAAGCAAGAAGACAAGUAAACAAGGUCGCAAGGCCAGAGAUGACAUGGCAGAAAUGAAUAUACCACAAAAGGAUACGGAUGAUACAGAUCACUUACUAAUAGAUGAAGAAAGCAAAGGGAUGACAAUUCCAGAUACUGAUGAAGAAAGCAAAGGGAUGACAAUUCCAGAUGAUGUUAAAUAUAGUCAGACAUCUAUACAAAACAAUAUGGCCACCACCAUCACAUCAACAACUCCAUUAUUAAACCAACCAUUUGUUACACAAGAUGUAAUAACAACUAACUAUAAUAAAACAACCGACAACAAUAAAAUGGACUGGGAAUCAAUACGUCAAACUUGUCGAUAUGGUACACUUGAUGACGUCAACACUUUAAUACAUCAAAAUAUCAAUUUAAAUAUUCCUGUCGGUGAUGAUAAUAAUAGGACACCAGUAUUUUAUUGUGUAUCGUCUGACAUACAGCCGUUAGAUAAGAUACAAUUACUCUACUCUGCUGGUGCCAUGUUACAUGUAAAGAGUCGUUAUGGUUAUAGUUUAUUACACUGGGCGUGUUGGCGUGGUACAAUAGACUGUGUAAAAUAUUUAUUGGAACAAGGACUUGAUACAAAUGAUAGGAAUGAUGCUAAUAUGACACCAGUAUUUUAUUGUGUAUUGUCUGACAAACAGCCGUUAGAUAAGAUACAAUUACUCUACUCUGCUGGUGCCAUGUUAGAUGUUAAGAGUGAUCUUGGUAGUAGUUUAUUAGAAUAUGCUCGUCGGUGGGGUAGAAAAGAAUGUGUAUCAUAUUUACGUGAAUUAGGCCUUGAUAAAAGAAUAUAAAUGUCAAGUGUCGUGAUUAUGGUAGUUUAUUAGACUGGACUCGUCGGUGGCGUAAAUCAAAAUGUGUAUCAUAUUUAUUUUAAAUAGGCCUUGAUAAAUAGAAUAUAAAUAAUCAUACAACAUCUUUAUUUUACUUGUUAAUAAUUCUGUUAGAACUAAAUGAUGAAGAUGUUUUAUUUUGAUGUAAAUUUAAAGAUUUGUUAUAAACCAUUUUCUGUCAAUCAACAACAUUCUGUACACAGACUGGCUACCUGUCAGCCAUUAAAACUAGUAACACGUCAUUACAAGUUUUUACAACGUCAUUGGUUAUUACGUCACAAGUCAAUAGGUCACGUUAAAUCUAUUUAUAAACAAAUUGAAAGUAGUAUUACCAGGUUGAAUAACAGGAAUAGAAAAUCAACUGAUGUGAUGUUUUGGUGGUCAUCAAAGUCAACUUUAACCCAAUAUUGUUUUAAAUAACAACACAAUGAAUUAUAUUAACCAAGAGAUAUGAUUGGAGAGGAAUAGAAUAAUAUUUGAAAUGAUGUUGAAAGAAUAUAUUUACUAUAGAAGAGCUGCUGUAUUCGAACAUAAACCGUCAUUAAAAGUUGUUUGUGAUUAUUUGAUACUUGAUUGUGUCAAGAGAUAUCCACUAGAAAACUGUCCACUGUGUAAAAAACAUGUUUUAGCUGAAGAUCCUGAGAAUCAAUUGAAAGGUCGUAAAAAUCAGAUAGAGAGAGUUUAUUGUGGUCAUCUGUUUCAUAAUGGUUGUUUAGAUACGUACAUGAAAACACCUUCAUUUAUAGGAGGUAAAAAAUGUCCUUCCUGUGAUAAACGAAUGAAAAAUGGAAAGUGUCAGCUGAAGUAAUGGAGAAUAGAUGUGCACAUAAACAAGCUAAACAAAGAGAACUAGAAGAAGUUGUAGAUUUCUUUAAAAAAUUGAAAUAAUUUAAAAUAUACCUCUACUUUUGUAGAUAAACAUACCAAAUAUGUAUAUUCCACAAUCUUGGCUUCAAAUUUACAAAAAUAUUUAUUUACAUUGUAUUCAAUGUCUGACAUUUGAGAUAUUGAGGAAUCCUUUACAAACUACAAUAUUGUAAAAAUUGAAUCUCUGGAAGGCGUGUCAGUAUAAAAAUAUUCUGUUGAGUAUUUUACAAAGAUAUGAUGAAUUAAAAACGUGUCAAUAUUCGGAAUCUUCUACAGAUGAUAUAAAUGGGGUAUGAUCAAAAGUCAAGGCCACCUGUAAUCUUCUGUUUUAUCCGACUUGGGAGAUUUUCUAUCGUUAAUUUUUCUUUCUUAAAUAUGCAAUAUAUACUAUUCAAAAAAAGUAGGGGAUAUUUGAUUUUGGGGGCAUAAUACUAAAAUAUGCAAAUGACUACGAAAAAAGUCACUAUAGAACCUAACAGAAGAAACAUUUCCAUUUAUAUGUGACGCCCAAACGCACCAAUGGCUACCGCAUGGAAUGCAGGUGAUGCUUGGGAUCAUCAUGGGGGUCCAACCCAAGAUUUGCACGACUCUGACUUUGAAUGUUACAGUCAUUGUGGCAUUGAAUUCCAGGGUGGAAACAUCAGUUUAAUUGUUUUAGUGACCAGAAAACAAAUUUUGAUAUGCGUCGGCUUACCCAAAAUGAAAGGUUACGUGCCCUUGGCAUGCUACAGAUCGGCACAACACAGGCGGUUGUGGCUUGGACGAUGAAUGUUUCUCAGUCUGUCAUAAGCAGGCUAUGAUCCAGAUACCGUGAUACACAAUCUGUACAGGACAGACCACGCUCAGGUCGACCAAGGGCGACAACUCAAGCCCAGGAUCGAUUUAUCCGUACCUUGGCCUUGAGAAAUCGUGUCAUCACAGCAAAUCAGAUCAGCGCUCGUCUUCAAACAGACACUGGUGUGAGAGUGAGUGGCCAGACGAUUCGGAAUCGACUGCAUAGGGGUCACCUUCGCGCCCGACGUCCUCGCGUGAUCCCUUGUUUGAGAGAUCAUCACAUUCAGGCAAGACGUCGUUGGUGUAGGGAUCGUCAACACUGGGAUAAUCGACGCUGGAGCAAUGUGAUGUUUUCAGAUGAGUCAAGGUUCACUGUUGAUUUUUUGGACAGACGUAGGAGGGUGUGGCGUCGUCGAAACGAGCGCUUCCAAGACGUUAACGUCAUCAGACAUGAUCGAUUUGGGGGUGGUUCUGUUAUGGUGUGGGGAGGCAUCACUGUUGCUGGAAGAACGGCUUUACAUGUUGUUGCAGGGCGUGUUACAGGCCAGUACUACCGGGACAACAUCUUGGCAAUCCAUGUUGUGCCGUUCGCACGACGUCAUGGCCUCCGUUUCAUCUUCCAGGAUGACAACGCAAGAUGUCACAGGGCCAGGAUCGUUACAGGUUACCUCCAACAACAGAACAUCACCACAUUACCUUGGCCAGCACUGAGUCCCGACCUCUCCCCCAUCGAGCAUGUCUGGGACAUGCUUGGACAGAGGUUACGUCAACGUCAACAACGUCCUGCCAAUGUCCAAGAACUUGCUGCUGCGUUGCAACAGGAAUGGGACAAUCUGGACCAAAAUGACCUUAGACGUCUCAUUAGGAGUAUGCCACGUCGGAUCAAUGCUUGUUUGGCAAACAGAGGAGGAUUUACCCGUUGCUGACUUGGUUGUAAUGCUGUGGUAACUUUGCUGUUUGACCCCGGGUAUCAUUUUACCCUUAUAAUGGUCAGUCUGUGCCUUACUUAGUCUAACGAUCAUUUGGAAUAAAUCGAUGAAUGUGAACUUCAUUUCAUUUUGUCAUUUGUUUCUUCGUCAGUUUCAUUAUGUGACUUUAAUAACACUUAAAAAUCAAAUAUCCCCUACUUUUUUUGAAUAGUAUAUUGUAAUAUAUAGAAUCCGGUCUUUUAUAUAGGCCUAUUGUAAUAUUUGAUAUAAAACUUACAAGUUCUACUUACUUGUUAGCCUCCAUCUUGUGUCACGUCCAUCUUAGCACCGACUUCUCAGAUUGUUACAUAUAUUUCUAUUUGAUCAUUGUUAACACUAGUAUUUCAUCUUGGUUGUUAUAAUAAUUAUGUUUUAUAACCAGAGUCCAGCUAUGUGGUUUUUACUCCGAGAACUUCGCUUUUCCACAUUAAACAGUGGAUUCUUUUUCCCACAGGUUUUUUUUUCAAUCCGCUGCGAUGGCAUCAAACAGCUGGAUCUCCUAUUUUAACUUGUUUUAAUUAUACUAUUCAAAAAAAGUAGGGGAUAUUUGAUUUUGGGGGCAUAAUACUAAAAUAUACAAAUGACUACGAAAAAAGUCACUAUAGAACCUAACAGAAGAAACAUUUCCAGUUACAUGUGACGCCCAAACGCACCAAUAGCUAUCGCAUGGAAUGCAGGUGAUGCUUGGGAUCAUCAUGGGGGUCCAACCCAAGAUUUGCACGACUCUGACAGUCAUUGUGGCAUUGAAUUCCAGGGUGGAAACAUCAGUUUAAUUGUUUUAGUGACCAGAAAACAAAUUUUGAUAUGCGUCGGCUUACCCAAAAUGAAAGGUUACGUGCCCUUGGCAUGCUACAGAUCGGCACAACACAGGCGGUUGUGGCGCGGACGAUGAAUGUUUCUCAGUCUGUCAUAAGCAGGCCAUGGUCCAGAUACCGUGAUACACAAUCUGUACAGGAUAGACCACGCUCAGGUCGACCAAGGGCGACAACUCAAGCCCAGGAUCGAUUUAUCCGUACCUUGGCCUUGAGAAAUCGUGUCAUCACAGCAAAUCAGAUCAGCGCUCGUCUUCAAACAGACACUGGUGUGAGAGUGAGUGGCCAGACGAUUCGGAAUCGACUGCAUAGGGGUCACCUUCGCGCCCGACGUCCUCGCGUGAUCCCUUGUUUGAGAGAUCAUCACAUUCAGGCAAGACGUCGUUGGUGUAGGGAUCGUCAACACUGGGAUAAUCGACGCUGGAGCAAUGUGAUGUUUUCAGAUGAGUCAAGGUUCACUGUUGAUUUUUUGGACAGACGUAGGAGGGUGUGGCGUCGUCGAAACGAGCGCUUCCAAGACGUUAACGUCAUCAGACAUGAUCGAUUUGGGGGUGGUUCUGUUAUGGUGUGGGGAGGCAUCACUGUUGCUGGAAGAACGGCUUUACAUGUUGUUGCAGGGCGUGUUACAGGCCAGUACUACCGGGACAACAUCUUGGCAAUCCAUGUUGUGCCGUUCGCACGACGUCAUGGCCUCCGUUUCAUCUUCCAGGAUGACAACGCAAGAUGUCACAGGGCCAGGAUCGUUACAGGUUACCUCCAACAACAGAACAUCACCACAUUACCUUGGCCAGCACUGAGUCCCGACCUCUCCCCCAUCGAGCAUGUCUGGGACAUGCUUGGACAGAGGUUACGUCAACGUCAACAACGUCCUGCCAAUGUCCAAGAACUUGCUGCUGCGUUGCAACAGGAAUGGGACAAUCUGGACCAAAAUGACCUUAGACGUCUCAUUAGGAGUAUGCCACGUCGGAUCAAUGCUUGUUUGGCAAACAGAGGAGGAUUUACCCGUUGCUGACUUGGUUGUAAUGCUGUGGUAACUUUGCUGUUUGACCCCGGGUAUCAUUUUACCCUUAUAAUGGUCAGUCUGUGCCUUACUUAGUCUAACGAUCAUUUGGAAUAAAUCGAUGAAUGUGAACUUCAUUUCAUUUUGUCAUUUGUUUCUUCGUCAGUUUCAUUAUGUGACUUUAAUAACACUUAAAAAUCAAAUAUCCCCUACUUUUUUUGAAUAGUAUAUUGUAAUAUAUAGAAUCCGGUCUUUUAUAUAGGCCUAUUGUAAUAUUUGAUAUAAAACUUACAAGUUCUACUUACUUGUUAGCCUCCAUCUUGUGUCACGUCCAUCUUAGCACCGACUUCUCAGAUUGUUACAUAUAUUUCUAUUUGAUCAUUGUUAACACUAGUAUUUCAUCUUGGUUGUUAUAAUAAUUAUGUUUUAUAACCAGAGUCCAGCUAUGUGGUUUUUACUCCGAGAACUUCGCUUUUCCACAUUAAACAGUGGAUUCUUUUUCCCACAGGUUUUUUUUUCAAUCCGCUGCGAUGGCAUCAAACAGCUGGAUCUCCUAUUUUAACUUGUUUUAAUUAUACUAUUCAAAAAAAGUAGGGGAUAUUUGAUUUUGGGGGCAUAAUACUAAAAUAUACAAAUGACUACGAAAAAGGUCACUAUAGAACCUAACAGAAGAAACAUUUCCAGUUACAUGUGACGCCCAAACGCACCAAUAGCUAUCGCAUGGAAUGCAGGUGAUGCUUGGGAUCAUCAUGGGGGUCCAACCCAAGAUUUGCACGACUCUGACAGUCAUUGUGGCAUUGAAUUCCAGGGUGGAAACAUCAGUUUAAUUGUUUUAGUGACCAGAAAACAAAUUUUGAUAUGCGUCGGCUUACCCAAAAUGAAAGGUUACGUGCCCUUGGCAUGCUACAGAUCGGCACAACACAGGCGGUUGUGGCGCGGACGAUGAAUGUUUCUCAGUCUGUCAUAAGCAGGCCAUGGUCCAGAUACCGUGAUACACAAUCUGUACAGGAUAGACCACGCUCAGGUCGACCAAGGGCGACAACUCAAGCCCAGGAUCGAUUUAUCCGUACCUUGGCCUUGAGAAAUCGUGUCAUCACAGCAAAUCAGAUCAGCGCUCGUCUUCAAACAGACACUGGUGUGAGAGUGAGUGGCCAGACGAUUCGGAAUCGACUGCAUAGGGGUCACCUUCGCGCCCGACGUCCUCGCGUGAUCCCUUGUUUGAGAGAUCAUCACAUUCAGGCAAGACGUCGUUGGUGUAGGGAUCGUCAACACUGGGAUAAUCGACGCUGGAGCAAUGUGAUGUUUUCAGAUGAGUCAAGGUUCACUGUUGAUUUUUUGGACAGACGUAGGAGGGUGUGGCGUCGUCGAAACGAGCGCUUCCAAGACGUUAACGUCAUCAGACAUGAUCGAUUUGGGGGUGGUUCUGUUAUGGUGUGGGGAGGCAUCACUGUUGCUGGAAGAACGGCUUUACAUGUUGUUGCAGGGCGUGUUACAGGCCAGUACUACCGGGACAACAUCUUGGCAGUCCAUGUUGUGCCAUUCGCACGACGUCAUGGCCGCCGUUUCAUCUUCCAGGAUGACAACGCAAGAUGUCACAGGGCCAGGAUCGUUACAGGUUACCUCCAACAACAGAACAUCACCACAUUACCUUGGCCAGCACUGAGUCCCGACCUCUCCCCCAUCGAGCAUAUCUGGGACAUGCUUGGACAGAGGUUACCGCAACGUCAACAACGUCCUGCCAAUGUCCAAGAACUUGCUGCUGCGUUGCAACAGGAAUGGGACAAUCUGGACCAAAAUGACCUUAGACGUCUCAUUAGGAGUAUGCCACGUCGGAUCAAUGCUUGUUUGGCAAACAGAGGAGGAUUUACCCGUUACUGACUUGGUUGUGAUGCUGUGGUAACUUUGCUGUUUGACCCCGGGUAUCAUUUUACCCUUAUAAUGGUCAGUCUGUGCCUUACUUAGUCUAACGAUCAUUUGGAAUAAAUCGAUGAAUGUGAACUUCAUUUCAUUUUGUCAUUUGUUUCUUCGUCAGUUUCAUUAGGUGACUUUAAUAACACUUAAAAAUCAAAUAUCCCCUACUUUUUUUGAAUAGUAUAUGACAAAGUGAGAAGAUGACCAGCCCUCUCUUCUCUUCUCACGACAGCGAUGUUAAAACUGUGUUUUAAAGUAACUUUUAGAUAUACAAGAACUUUUUAUUAUUUAGUGUUUUUACCUAUUUUCUAUAUAUUACUCAUUCAGAUGUAAAUAACUUAAUUAAAUCAACCUGUCCAUAAUAUCGUGCAAUAAACAACAACAACGCCCUAAGGGCAGAUAACUGUUCGUUGUAUUAAUAUGUAACCAAGAGAUAAAACCGAAACUUUUUAACAACUACCAUAUAUUCACAACCUUUUAACUAAUUAGAAAGGUGAGAAUCGUGGUCGUGAUGGAACUUGGUCAUACAUGUUAAUGUUACAAAUGUCAUCAUUAAUCGGCAGAAUAUGCCGCCAUUAUCACCGGGUAAACCAAUGUGCGACGUCAAGGACGUUAAGGGUUUGUGAACGUUAUCUCCCAUAUUUAAUAUAUUAUAGAAUGAUUUACUAACUAUUUUAUUGUUAUUCAUGACAUGACAUAACCUUGAAAUAAAGGAACGGGCAUAUUGAACGUAUUAUUAGUCUUAGUCGUUAGACAUUGAAGGAGGAAAACAACAGAUAAUAAGACGCCAGCUCGGAGAUCCUGACAAGUCCAGCUAUUUGGCUAUCCCACUCUCCCAUCCCCACAUUUAUUUUAUAGUAGACAUCGAUACGGACAGGGUGUCGAUAACCUUACAAUAUAAGAUUUAGAUAAAGAGCUGACAGUUCUUGCUAUAAUAGUUCUUGUUGCUUAUGGUGGGCCUAUAGGAGGCGUGAUUCAAGCUCCUGUCUGUUUUAAAAAUAUUUUUUAUAAUUCUUAUACUCAUCUCAUAAAUUAUAAAUAUUUUAUAUUAGUUAAUAAACAAUGUAAUAUUG